GGGACACAAUGGUCCCUCCACCAUUUGUUGAAAGAGUCCUGAAUGUGUUUGAAGGAGGAAGUCAUGAACUCCUCAAGGCUUUAGAAAUACUCUCUGCACUUUGGACCUGCGGCUGAUAAAAGGACAGUCUUUGUCGGGGGAAUAAUAAAUAAAGUGGUGGGAUUUGACUCAAGAUAGACUCAUGACACACGUCUUUCUUACACGUUCACGUGUACAACCAUGUCACGGAAGUCUUGGAUUGAGGAAACCUUCUUCAAGAGAGAGUGUGUGAAGUUUAUCCCUUCAUCUCGGGACCUACAUAGAUGCACUCCCGUAUGUCAAGUAUGCCAAAACUUGAUCAGAUGUUGUUGUGGCCGCCUGAUGGGGGAGCACUCUUGGCAAGAGUCUCUUCCCCCAAUCUCACUCCAUCCCGGGCCGGGACAAGACCUGGAAGAGGACUGGUCCAUGGAGCUCCACACGAAAGCCAGUCCCACCAACGCCUAUGGGACGGUAGACUUUCAGGACACUGCCACACGUGUCUGCCGGGCCAAGUAUAUUCGUGUGGCCGUGGACUCAAAGCCAGAGGUGCUGCUCCAACUGAUGCUGAGGGAGUGGCAGAUGGAGAGACCCAAGCUGCUGCUGACUGUCCAGGGGGGCUCAGAAAACUUCACCCUGCCCCUUAAAGUCAAGCAGGCCUUCAGCAAAGGGCUGAUCACCGCCGCCGUCAGCACAGGGGCAUGGAUCCUCACUGAUGGCAUUAGUACAGGGGUGUCCAAGUAUGUGGGCGAGGCAGUGAAAACAUUUGGGGGCCACAACCUGAGGAAGAGAAACGCAGUCGGCAUCACACCUUGGGGAGUCAUUGACAACAACAUGGACCUUAUAGGCAGAGAUGUGUUCAGGCCGUACCAGCCACUGGGGAACCCCUUGAGCAAGAGGGCCUGUCUUAAUGGUUUCCACUCCCACUUCCUGUUGGUGGAUGAUGGAACGCUGGGAAAACAUGGCUGCCAACAAGGCCUCAGGAGGAAACUGGAAAAACACAUCCAACUGCAGAAGAUACACCCUCGACUGAACCAAGGAGUGCCUGUGGUGUGUGUGGUGGUGGAGGGGGGUCCUGCCGUUGUGUCCACAGUGUUGGACUAUGUUAGCAAUGUGCCCCCUGUGCCAGUGUUUGUGUUCGAGGGAUCGGGCAGGGCGGCUGACCUGCUCGCCUUUUUACACAAGCAGACUGCUGUUGACAGGCAUUUGGAUGCUGACAUUAAAGAGGACUUCCUGGUCAGGAUUGGAGAUGUGUUUGGAGUAGAGGUAGCAGAAGCCUCGCAGCUCUACAGUCUCCUCCUGCAGUGCAUGGAUCACAGAGAGUCUAUAACCAUCUUUGACUCGGAGUCAGACGACCAAACGUCACCUGAUGCAGCCAUUUUGACAACUAGUCUCAAGGGCACCAAGGCCAGUCCUGCAGAGCAGCUGAGUAUGGCUCUAGCCUGGGACAGGGCUGACAUUGCACAGAAAGAAGUCCUGGUGUACGGACAGCAUUGGCAGGUGGGUUCCUUGGAGCAGGCCAUGCUGGACGCUCUGGUGAUGGACCGGGUCAGUUUUGUCAAACUGCUGAUUGACAACGGCAUGACCAUGAACCGCUUCCUUACUGUGGGUCGCCUCGAGGAGCUUUAUAACACGCCACAGACGGACCGUUUCAUGCACCACCUUAUUGAAGAUGCCAAACAGACUUCUCUCCCCUUAGGUCACCGUCUCUCUCUCAUCGACAUAGGCCUGGUGAUCGAGUACCUCAUAGGAGGAGCGUAUCGCAGCACUUACACACGGAAACACUUCCGAGCUGCCUACAGCCGCCUGCAGGACAAAGAGGGUAGACGGGGCAGCUCCACCUACUUGUCUAAACAGAGACGGCUAUUAACACAAACCUCUACAAAGGGCAGGACCCUCCAGGACCAGCAAUUCUUCAGAACAGCUCAGCCCUACAGACCCAAGGAGCACGAUGUGUCACCCGGGAGCGCUCGAGAGAGCACCUCGAGCCCCGACCUUGAUGAUGCUCCACUGCUCAUUGCCUUCAACUUUAACGAUGUGUUCGUGUGGGCCGUGCUGCAGCAGCGUCAGCAGAUGGCACUGUUCCUGUGGCAGCACAGCGAGGAAGCGCUGGCACGUGCUGCAGUGGCCUGUAAGCUUUACCGCUCCAUGGCCUGUGAGGCGCGGCAGAGCAGCAUGGACGACAACAUUUCUGAGCGAUUCAAAACAUAUUCUCUAGAGUUCGGUCAGCUGGCGGUGGACAUGUUAGACUGUGCAUUUCGUCAGAACGAGCAGAUGGCCAUGAAGCUGUUGACUUCAGAGAUGGAGGCAUGGAGCCACUUCACCUGUCUGCAAAUGGCCGUCUCCUCAUGUCAUAGACCGUUCGUCUCGCACUCCUGCACUCAGACCCUCCUCACAGACCUCUGGACGGGUCCGCUCAACAUGAGAAAAAACUCCUUUCUGAAGAUCAUUUUGAGCCUUCUUCUGCCGCCGGCCAUCUUGCUGCUAGAAUUUAAAAGCAAAGCUGAAAUGUGCCAUGUACCGCAGUCCCAUGAAGCAAUGAUGUUUGGGCUUGAGUCUGUGAAGUCAUCACCAGCCCACGAGGGAACCGAUCACCCGGGCAGUCAGGACGCAGAGCGAGGCCUGCCGUUCCAUAAAAGAUAUUUCGGUCCUGUGUCAGAAACUGUGUCCUCCAUCAACGUGCAGUGUCUGUCCUGGAUCACCAGACUUUAUGAAUUCUACACAGCUCCUGUCGUCAAGUUCUGGUUUCACACAAUGUCCUACUUGGCCUUCCUGAUGUUAUUCUCCUACGUCAUCCUGGUGAAAAUGGGGGAUCAGCCCAGUGCUCAGGAGUGGCUGGUGAUAGCGUACAUCUUGUCCACUGCAGUGGAGAAAACCCGAGAGGUACUAAUGUCUGAGCCGAGGAAGCUGAGCCAGAAGCUGAAGAUUUGGUUCUCAGAGUACUGGAACGUAUCAGAUUUUGUUGCCAUCCUCCUCUUCCUGGCUGGAUUGGCUCUGCGUUGGCAGGCUACUCCGUACCGGACGGCAGGACGCAUCAGUUACUGUCUGGACAUCAUCUUCUGGUUCGUCAGGGUGAUGGAUCUGCUGGCUGUCAAUCAGUAUGCCGGCCCUUACCUCACCAUGAUCACUAAGAUGACCAGAAACAUGUUCUUCAUCGUGGUGAUGAUGGCAAUAGUGCUGCUGAGCUUCGGGGUGUCCAGGAAGGCCAUCCUGUCACCAAACGAGGAGCCGUCCUGGAGCCUGGCUCGAGACAUAGUCUUCCAGCCAUACUGGAUGAUCUACGGAGAGGUCUACGCAACGGAGAUAGAUCCGUGUGACGACGGUCUUCCGUGUCCUCCUGCUGCCUUUCUCACCGCCUUCCUCCAGGCUGUGUAUAUGUUCUUCCAGUAUAUCAUCAUGGUCAACAUUCUCAUUGCAUUUUUCAACAACAUCUACUUUGACAUGGCAUCAACGUCCAAUAAGCUGUGGAAGUACAACCGCUAUCGCUACAUAAUGACCUAUCAGGAGAGGCCGUGGCUGCCUCCGCCUCUUAUCCUCCUUAGUCACGUGACCUUAGGUUUGAGAGCCGUCUACAGGAGACUUUGUGGAGACGCUGAACGGGAGGAGAGAGGCUCUGGACUUAAGCUCUCCCUCGGCCACGAGGAUCAUAAGAAGCUCCAUGAGUUUGAGGAGAAAUGUGUAACGGCCUACUUCCACGAGAAGAGUGAAGAUCUCCACAGCUGUCAAAGGAACAGGAUCCGAGCCACAGCUGAGAGAGCCGAGGAGAUGUGCAUGAUGGUGGGGGAGGUCUCAGAGAAGGUCAUCUUCAUUCAGGACAGCCUGUCGGAGCUGGACUGUCAGCUGGGUCAACUCCAGGACCUUUCUGCGCUGGCUGUGGACACCCUCACUCUGCUCUCUGCUUCUGACAGCCUGCACCAGGAGGAGGCACGCCUGGCUCAAUGUCGAGCCAUCACAUCGUCCCGGCACAUGCUCCCUCACAGCUGGACCCUCCCGCACAGAAGUGGAGCAGACUGUGAUGUACUUAAUAUGCGGCGGUUGAUGCCCAAGUCGUGUGUAAGUACCCCGCCUUCUUUGGUGAAGGGCUGCAAUGUUGGAGCUAUUGGGAGCUCGGGAGGAAGACAAGGACACAGUGAGGAGGGAGAAGAAGGAGCAAAGGAGAAGGAAACUUCCAUGGAAGAGGAGGAGGAGGAGGAAGAGCAAGACAAGGAAAGGACACACAAACAGCUGUCUAAUAUGGAAGUAUCCAUAACCUCUAGCAAUGCUGUUCUUCUGUCUGACCCUCGAGACAUCUCUGAGGGUUUGGUAAAUCCCGCCUUUUCUCAGGAUGAUAGCCAACCAAGUUCUCAGUCAAGACCUUCAAGCCAAUGGGGGAGACCCGUGAAAUCUCCCCGGUGGGCGUGUCUGUCCAGAGACCGUCCCUACGGCUUCUGCAGGUCUCUGUCCUCCAGCGUGGAGAAUAUGACUUUCUCAGGUGCACCUCUGAGUCCAAUGAGGGGAUCCUUUCCUUCUCUUCACGAACCGAUGAACGAAGACACGCUGUCUGAUGAGAGCAGUUUCAGGGAGGACACAUCGCUACGAUGCAGCAGGAGCAGAGAAUGGUCCAAGUCCUCUGAUUUCACUCAAGUAUUAGACUCCAGAGGCAAAAACCAGAACAGGAAGACCGUGAAGAUACAAGAGAGCGGUCCAGACACUCCCCAUAUGUCUGAUGCCUGCUGGAGAAGAGGCCGAAGAUUAAGAGGAGAAUCGACAUGUUGGUCGGCUUCAACCAGCCUCAGUCAGCUCAAUUUUGAACCUAUGGAUUUGUUGCAGAAGCAAGUCUUCUCCCAUCAGGAUGUGUGGAGCUCCACUCAUUCAGCCUGGAACAGCUGGGCCAGAUCCAUGAGCCACAGGUCAUCUCUACAGAGUGGGAUUGCCCUUGAAGCGAAGAGCUGCUCAUUCCAGUCCACGGACAAUUUGUAUCCGCACUAUUCAGCGAUGGAGAGAAACAAUCUGAUGAGACUGGCUCACACUAUUCCCUUCACUCCUGUCUCCAUUCUGGGAGGUGAAGAGGUGAGCAUCUACUCUCUGGAAGAAGUGCCCUCUGAUGCAGACGCUGAAUCCGACACAAUCUCGUCCUGGUCGUCACGCGGCCUGUCUGCCCUGCUGCAGCCCCUCUCCAGUGAAGAGGGCUCUCUGGAUGAUGGUCUCCGCCGGGGCUGCAGGGUGCUGUGUACCUGGGCAGAAUGUGACGUGCUCAGACCUGGUGUGGUAUACGUGGUCAAAGCCUUCAGGCCUGAGGUGGUUCGUGCCUGGCAGAGGCACUUCCCUGGUAGCACGGCACUGCUGCUUUGUUUAAGGGAGAUCCAGCAGCAGAGAGCCGCCCAGAAGAUGAUGCAGGUGUUCAACGAGGUCAAACCUAACGAUAUGCACCACUCACCAAGAUUUCUAGAUGUAGCACUGGUCCUCUGGCACUCGAACGGCCAGUGGUUGACUAUUGAGAGGAACAUGACCGGUGACUUCAGGAAGUACAACAACAACACAGGAGAGGAGAUCAUCCCCUGCUGUUUACUGGAAGAAAUGCUGCUGGCGUUCUCCCACUGGACAUUUGAGUACUCAUGCAGGGAGCUACUGGUACUCGAUAUACAAGGAGUAGGAGAAGAGCUGACCGAUCCAACAGUCAUUAUGGCAGAUGAUCAAAGCGGUAGCAGGGAUGAGAUGCUUUUCGGUCCAGAUAACCUCGGAGAUGCUGCCAUCAGCGGUUUCCUGCAGAAACACUCUUGCGGUGCCUGCUGCCGCAGACUGGGCCUCGCAGAUUUAAGGAAGUGUCCGGACAGCUGCGAGAACAGCGGCGAGGCAGAGCCGACGUCGGGGAGAGAAGAACAGGAAGACGAUGAAAUCAGGAUGUAAACUUUGACCCAGGAAGUAGGGACAGGGAAAACACAUGUACAUGUCUGAGUGUUGGGGAUUAUUCUUAGAUUAAAGGGUUGAUAUCUUUAAGGUGCAUCUCAUGAAUCAUAAUAGGAAAUACAGUAAUAACGUACUAUUUUCACAAAAGUCUAAAUGAAUAUUUUUGUACUUUGUCUAUAAAUAUUUUGAUAUUGAGACAAUGGCAAUAACAUUUACACAUUUAACAAGGAUACAAUUGUUCCAUGUUUGGCUAAAAUAAGACGAUGUGUGUGAGACAGAAAAACGAGACAGAAAUGCACCCAUAAAAUUUCUUUUAUUUUUUUUUCUUCCCACAACAAAAUGUCUACAAAAGCGAUAAAAUAUAGAAUUUAACAAAAAUCACUUCAGACCUUCACAUUGUAUAUACAUCUCAAAGGAGGACACAGUAAGGGCCCUGCGUAACUCUGAACUUCAACACACGCUGAUCCAUCACAUGUGGGUGUUUGUGGCUCUUAAUGCAAACGCACGCACGCACGGACACUCUUUCAUUCUCAUGUGAAAAUAAAAAACUCUACAGUAGAGCUGAUGGAUUUAUAGUCGAGUCAGAGUUCAGAGUCCCGCAGAGCCCCCUC